AAUGGGUUCAUUAUCCCAAAGGCUCUAAACACAUGACCAAGUCCAAAUACUGCCGUUGGUAUAUUUAAAAAACAUUGAACAAUUCACAUUACAGAGAGCCAAAAUCAUUUCAAUUUAUAGUUAACAUUACAUGGAGAAGAACAGAGAUCAUCAAAGAAGUUCAAAGACCACCACCGGCGACGAAGAAAUGGCGGGAGAAACUCUACUUAAACCGGUGCUUCAAAAACCACCGGGCUAUCGUGAGCUCCACUCGCAACCUCAAACUCCACUCGGAUCAUCAUCAUCAUCAACGCUUCGCCGCCCACCAAAACAUGCGAUCCCGGCGUCAUUUUAUCCGACGAAGAAGAAACAAUGGAGUCGUUGCCGCGUCUUUUGCUGCUGCGUCUGCAUCACCGUCGCUAUUUUCAUCCUCCUCCUUAUCCUCACCGUCUCCGUCUUCUUCCUUUAUUACAGCCCGAGACUCCCCGUCGUACGUCUCUCCUCCUUCCGCGUCAGCAAUUUCAACUUUUCCGGUGGAAAAUCCGGCGACGGUUUAUCGCAGUUGACAGCGGAGGCGACGGCGAGGCUCGAUUUCAGAAACCCUAACGGGAAGUUACGUUACUCUUACGGUAACGUUGACGUGGCGGUGAGUGUAGGAGAAGGUGAUUUUGAAACGAGUCUUGGGUCAACGAAAGUCAAAGGUUUCGUGGAGAAGCCAGGGAAUCGGACGGUUGUGAUUGUUCCGAUAAAAGUGAAGAAACAACAGGUGGAUGAUCCGACGGUUAAGAGGCUUAGAGCGGAGAUGAAGAGUAAGAAGUUGGUGGUGAAAGUGACGGCGAAGACGAAGGUGGGAUUGGGUGUGGGAAGGCGUACGAUUGUUACGGUGGGGGUUACUAUCAGUUGCGGUGGCGUGACAUUACAAACGCUUGAUUCGAAGAUGACUAAAUGCACCAUCAAAAUGCUUAAAUGGUAACGUACCUAUCGAAAUUAAAUUUAUAAUAAUUCGAUUUUAAUCUU